UAGCGAGCUAACGCUACGAAAAUAUGCCCUCCUUAGUGAAUCUGUUGCAACUGCUUGCAUUUUUAGAAUGAUUUCGUAGGCUACUUUUUGUAGAAUUGAGGACAUUUUGUUUGAUUUCAUUUCAUGAUAUAACUUUAUAAGGUUCCAGGGAUCCAGAUAGGGGUGUUUUCUGUCGGCUUUGAAACAAACCAUCGGAAAUGAUCCUGUCCCGCGUGAAGCCGGCUGUGGGAGCAGAGACUGAGGGGAGCAUCGGUGAGAAGAAGAAGAAACAAACGGUUCCCAGUUUGGAGGAAUAUCUCCAGCAGAGGGACUACCUGGGAGGCUUAACAUUACUGGAGGUCAUUAAUACAUCUCACUGCUUCUCUGUCACGCCGAUGUCUCCACUCCAAAACCGGCUGCUGUUUCAUCUGGCCCACAAGUUUAACGACGAAAAAAGACUGAUGCGCUUCCACCAGAACCUGGAGGACGUGACAGAGGACCAGCUGAGCCUGGCCUCCAUCCACUACAUGCGCUCGCACUACCAGGAGGCCAUAGACAUCUAUAAACGCCUUCUGCUGCAGAACAGGCAGGCACUCAUCUCACACUCGUCUCACACUCAACUCACACAUGCUGAGCUGAAGAACCUUAUCGACAUCUCCUCCUGCUCCUCUGAGUUUGCGAAGGAGGUUAUCCAACACAACCUGGUGGUGUUCCGCGGUGGGGAGGGGGCGCUGCAGGUGCUGCCUCCUUUGAUCGAUGUGAUUCCUGAGGCUAGACUCAACCUGGUCAUCUACUAUCUGAGACAAGCCUCUCAAAAUAUUGUUGACGAUUCCUUCUUGUUGCAGGUAUAUAUUUUGAAAGGAGUGGUGAAUGCUGCCGUGGGACAAAAAAUCGGAUCGAGGGAUCACCUGAAAGUUGCCCAGCAGUUUUUCCAGUUGGUGGGCGGCUCAGCUAGCGAGUGCGAUACUAUCCCUGGCAGACAGUGCAUGGCCUCCUGCUUUUUUCUCCUGAGACAGUUUGAGGAUGCUCUCGUCUAUCUCAACUCUGUCAAGAGUUACUUUUAUAACGACGAUACGUUCAACUUCAACUACGCCCAAGCCACAGCAGCGCAGGGACAGUACAAAGAGGCAGAGGAGUGUUUCCUGCUCAUUCAAGAUGAAAAUAUCAAGAAUGACUAUGUGUACCUUAGCUGGCUGGCUCGGUGCUGUGAGUAUAGAAGCACUAUUGGCGGUGGGACACUAUAACUAUGAAACUCUGUGUAUUUAAUUAGGUUUUUAUAUGCUACACUAACAAGA